AUGCAGUUUGCUGGUAAUGCUGUUGCUCAGGGUACAGCCUACAUGGAAAGAAAUUUCAACCAAUGGGUUAACAUGCCUGCAUUGAGACACUACUUUAAUGUGAACAACAUGUAUGUAAUUACAAAGUUAAAGCUUCUCUUAUUCCCUUGGAGACAUUCGCCAUGGAGCAGAUCAAUAAGACGAACAGAAACGGGGCAGAUGGAUGGCUUUAGACCACCUAGAGAGGAUAUCAACUCCCCAGAUCUUUAUAUUCCAGUGAUGGCAUUGGUGACCUAUAUUCUUCUGUGUGGUCUUGCUGCCGGACGGCAGGGAUCAUUCCAUCCCGAGAAACUCUAUGUCGCAGCGUCGACUGCUACAGCUGUCGCUUUUACAGAACUUGUAUUCACACGCUUGGGCUGUUAUUUCUUGAGCAUACCAUUUGAAGCCUCUCUUCUCGAUUUAAUUGCGUAUUAUGGAUAUAAAUAUGUGUGUAUUAUUGUUGUGGAUGUGGUGGAUCUUUUGGGCGCAAAGGGUUGGGUAUCCUGGGUCGUAUUUCUCUACACAGGCUUUAGUAUUGGAUUUUUCUUGCUUCGGUCAAUGCGCUAUGUAAUUUUGCCUGAUUCUGCAGCAGGUCCCUCUACUUUGAACCCUCAGCGUAAGAGACGUAUGUGGUUCUUACUUAUGAUUGCUGCCUUCCAAAUGUUGUAUAUGUUCUUCCUUAUUAACUAG